ACCAAAUUCCUGCCCUCUCUCACAAAAGAGCCAUUGACGCACGCCGACGCUGCCCCGAGCGGUCACGCAGCGCGUGCACACGGCGCAGCAUACGACGCAGCGGUGCCGCGGUCCGCCGAGCGAGCAAGUGCCGCGCCCCACAGGAAAUAGCCACCACAGCCCAUAGCACACAGCUCAUAGCAUUCCGCAGCAGCGGUGCCGCGACGAGCCGAAGAAAGAGCAAGCCCACAGCUGCCUUAGCUCAGAGAAUACCAGGGGCGAGCCAUGGAGGAGACCAAGGCCCCGCACCACGGCCGCCCGCCGCUCUACGUCCGGCCGCCGACGCCGCCGCCCGGCAGCACGCCGCCGCCGGCGGACAACAUCAUGGAUUCGAGGCCGCCGCCGCCACCCUUGCCGGCAUUGACACUAGGACCGUCCGUGGAGUCGGAAGAAAUACGGGAGGACAAAGAAAAAGAACUGAACCUCACAAUGUUCAAGAAAAAGCAUUUAUUUGUGGAGUUACAUGAACUAAGGGGCGACGAGUGGCACGAGACGAAGCGGUACAACUACGGGCUAGAGGAAGAUUUGAUCACGGGCAAGGAGCGCAAGUGGACGAAGGCCCACUUGCCCUCGAUCUCGAUUUUCGGCAUGCUCGCGUUCCGGGACUGCUUGCACGAGGAUCUAGUUAUCCUAGAUGUUGGUUCGCAAGAUGAUGAUUCACGACGCGCAUUGGAACCGGUAGCUCUGGAGAUCGUCGAGCAUCUGAUCCGGGACGGUGCCUUGCACGAGCAGGACCGGGACGGGGCUCUACGAACCCUCACGAACCAUCUCAACAGAAGAAAAUGUGUGGAACAUGACGAUGAAUUGAAGGCCCUGAAGGAGAAGGAACGGAAGCUACGAGAGGCCGAGAAGGAGGGCGAGUUGCAAAAACUGCCGCGGGGGCCGCUCGAGACGUUGGGGGAAGACGACGAAGUGGCUUCCCAAUCUUCAUUCAGACGAUCGCGUUCUCGGAACCGGUCUUUGACGAACCUCUUCGGCGCGGGCAAGUCGAACAAGUCCCUCAAGUCACUAGAUGAUUCAGAACAUGAUUCCUGCCCUCCAGUCGUGAGCUGCGCGGAAAUCACCCCCGCGACUGCGCCUGCUCGAUGGCAACUCACGCGUCGCUCGCCGCGCAGGCUUCUAGAGAUCUCGACAAGGUGAAGAAGCAGAAGUCCGACCGACUGAAGGCCGCCCUGGUGCAAGCCGAGGACACGCUGAAGCCCGACGCCGAGGAAGAGGCCGUCCACAUUCUUAUUGAUGACGACUUCGCGUUCACGACCCAAGACGUUGUGGCGUUGGUGCGGUUGCGACAGCCGACGAACACGGGCCUGGAGGAGCACGUCGAUAUAGAUGAAUUGGAGGCCGACUCGUCUCCCCUCAACUCGCCUCUCAAUUCGCCGGCGCGGCCGGGCCUUAAACCCCGUAGGAAGAACAGGCACCAGCAAUUGCACGCUCGGUUUAUCGUGCUCGUCCUUGGGAGGAGAGAGGGCGUCAUCACGUCGGAGUACAAGCGCAAGCAGCACGACCAGCACGUCGACAUCUGCGUGGAAAUCAACCAGUGUGUCGGGUGCACCUGGCUCUGUCGAGCGGUGAGGAACCGGCACCGCCACGCCAUCGAGCAGGCGUCGCGUCGAUGGCGUACGAACGCGCCGUAAAUUUGAUUCCCACACAGGUCGAGAUGGGCGCCGCGGCCGCCGCGAUGCUCCAGGACGACUCCGUCGUGCAGGUGGCCUAUAAUUGUAGUCGAGCGAAGGACCUGUUGGAUGCCAUCGACCACCGCCUGAAAGCUUUAAGGGUGUUACCUCAGACAAGUCGACCUUCUAGCAAAACCGUCGACCGACGGGCGAAGCGCAUCUUCGACCAAUUGGCCAAAUUGAAAGAGGAGGAGGAGAACGAGAAACGGCGCCAGGAGCAGGAGAAGAAGGAGCGCGAAGCCAUCGCGAGGGGGGAAAUACUGGAUGAGAACCACGGCGAGAUCGUGAGCAGGAGGGGCGGCGUUUUCCUGAGGGUGGCCUUCCCGGACCAGAAACAGAAGUUUUUACAAAGGCAGCAGGACGUGUUCACGCGCGGCGUAUCGUUGGCCUCGAUCCUCGUGUUUGUCCAGAAAUACGCGUUACCACUCAUCCUGGGCAUCUGCGUGGCAUUAGUGGCGAAGAACACGUCGCCGAACCAGUACGAGCGGUGGGCCGGUGCUGCGUCGCAUCGUCGUAGGUUGUUUGAGGGCGAGCCCCAUCCUACCUUGUUUGGCCUGUCGGUGCACGGCCACGACGUCACGCUGCAUUUUUUAAUAAACGAUGUCUUAAUGACGUUGUUCUUCGGGUUGGCCGUGAAGGAAAUCGCUGAAGCGUUUCAACCGGGUGGUUCAUUAUACCCACCGGGUCGGCGAGCGGUGAACCCUUUAUGUGGCACGGUCGGUGGUGUAGUAGGUCCAAUCCUAGCCUACUUCGUGAUCCUGUGGGUCUUUACAUCUUCUGGAAUGAUAGCAGAAGACUUUGAACCACUCUCGAAAGGCUGGGGCAUCCCGACGGCGACGGACAUCUCAAUAGCGUGGGUGGCCGCGGUUUGUGUUUUCGGCGUCGGCCACGCGGCGAUCAACUACUUGCUGCUUUGUGCCGUUGUGGAUGAUGGCAUCGGCCUCAUCAUCAUCGCGGUGGCCUAUCCUAGUGAGGGGGGCGGCUGCGAGUACGGCUACCUCGGGUUAGUCCUGGCGGCGAUGGUCGUCGCGUACGUCCUGAGGCGGUUCAAGUGCUCGCGGUGGGAGGCUUACGUGGUACUCGCGGGACCCUUGGCCUGGUGCGGGUUACUGUGGUCCUGCGUCCACCCCUCAUUGGCCUUAGUUUUCGUCGUCCCGUUCAUGCCGAUCGAGAUCGAGCCCGACGAGGAGGAGGACGCGAUCAUGAAGAUGGCGCGCUCGCGGCGUCCCGUGGUGAUUUUGAGUGAAUUCGGACCGCGUCGGGGCCGUCGCGGCGUGUCAGAGAGACAGCGGUCGCGUCGAUGGCGUCGCCACGGGACCGCGGCGCCUCCACGCCAUCGUCGCGAUCCCACGAGAGUCUACGUGGUCAUCAGGACGCCGUCGACGCGAUGCCACAUCGGACCGCGUCGAGCGACCGCGAUGCUCCGCGCAGGUCAACUCCUUCGCCAAGCCCCAGGCGGCCCUGUCGCCGGGCAACCUCGCCUACCACGAGACCAAGGACGAGGAGCACUCGCACCUGAGUCCGCUGCACGACUUCGAGGAAAGCGUGAAGGGCUUCGUGGAUUUUUUCGUGUUAUUCGCGUUCGGGGCGGUGAAUGCCGGGGUUGAUGUCGGCGAGACCGGUGGGUUUAGUUUUGUAGUGCUGCUGGGUUUACUCAUUGGCAAGACGUUGGGGAUGACCGCUGGAAGUCUCAUUGCUUCAUACCUCGGCUUCGACCGCCCGGAAGGCAUGCAAUUGCGACACUUGGUGCUGGCUGGUGUCAUUUCUUCUGUCGGUCUUACGGUGUCGUUAUUCAUUGCGGGCGAGGCCUUCCCAGACGAUGCAAAGUGGGAGAGUCAGGCCAAGAUGGGCGCCCUUCUCUCGGCAGCCCCGGUGUUCGUUCUAGGUGCCUUGGCGUCGUGUUCGCACAGUUUCAGAGAUCUAGUAAGAGGUCUAGACGAGAAGAAGGACGACGAUAUCGAGAAGCAGUCGACGGUACGAGCGCCGUCGGAGCACAGUGAUAGCGAGUCGCGGUCGGAGUCCAUGUCCCUGGGCACGAACGUCAUGCCGGAGGUCGACGAGCAGGACGAGGACCUGGAGGCCGUCGUGGUUUCGAAUAUUGAGGCUUCUUUACUACGUAUCCAGCGGUUGGAGUCGAAGAUCGAGGAGCGCAUUGGGUUGAGUCGCUCCGUGUCCAUUGAUAAAUUACACGAGCACCAGGACGAGGUGCGGAGGCGGAGCUUCGGCCACGCGCUUGGCAGCGCGUCGAUGACGGUCCCGGAAGCGAGACGGGUCAAGUCCGCGGGGAGCCUCUAGUCAUUGUAUAAAUAUAUGUCGUCGUA